AGAGAGAAGGAAAAGAUGUCUCGGGACGUCCAUCCACCUUCGCAAAAAACCUCUCCCAGCCCCAAGAGAGAAAACACGAGUGAUGCCGCUAGAUAAUGAAAAAAGCCUUCCGCCUGCCAACACCCGGAAAAUCUUCCCUGGCGUGCUGGCAAAGCGAUUUGCUUUUCAAAGGAGAGAGGGUCCCCUUUCGGGCCCCCGGAUGCCUCACCCGGCAAGAAGGUCUCCCUUCUCCUCCUCGCUCCCCGCAAUGGGCGAAAGCCAAAGCCGCCCGGACCUAACGCCAACGCUACCCCGACCGACCGUACCCUCCACCCGACCAGGCCCCGCCUCCCCGGCUUUCCAGUAAGGAGUACGGGGAAGGGGGCGCCGGGGAGAUCCUGGUUUCCCUCCGCGGAUGGCGCAGACGCACGGCCCGAGGGAGCCGGAGUCUCCUCGGCGCCCGGGAUCCCCUCCGCGACUCCGCGCUGCCUAACGGGGCAAGUCGCAUGCGCACCGGGUUGCGCCGGGGAAAGGGAGAGUGAGGGGAGGGGCAAAUUCGGAGCGCCGGCCGUCGGAGCCAGCGGGGGUCACUGACGACGCAUGCGCCAGCAGCGAGCGCAAUCACAGACUAGGCUUGCGGCUACCGGCUUAAAAAGGAAACCCCCGAGAGCGAGAGCGCGAAGGAAAUCUGGGCGCCGACGCGUGCGCGCUCCCGUGAAAGAAAAGCACAAGAAGAAAGUUUUACAGUCACUGUUGAUAUGACUAUUAUGCUGAUCCCCCAAAUCAAAAAAAAGCCGCUGAAACUUAGAAGCUGAUUCUGUCACAGUUUAAGAUGCCUUUGGAAAAUUCUGCAUUCUUCUUAGAUGAAUCUUUAGAACUUGUGGAUAAAUCUUGAAUAUCCUUUUGAUGAAAUUUUAUGAAGUCAAUACCCGUUUAAACAAUACCAAGAUCAAGAGAUAGAAUAUUUUCAUCAAUCCAGGAGCCUCCUUCAUGCCCCCUGACAGUCAACACACAUUUCCAAAGAAUUCUGAGAGUGAUGGUCAGCCAUAUAGAAGAAUACAUUGAAUCUAUAGUUUUCUGAAGAAUCAGUUCAAAAGAUCCAAAAAAUACAAAAGGAGAAGUACAAAUGUCUACCACAAGACGAAAACGUAUUAUGUUAUGUUGUUUACCGUAAGCUGUAGUAAAAUGAGCUCGAUUGUUGACAGAGAAGAUGGUAGUAUUUUUGAUGGGUUGGUGGAAGAAGAUGACAAGGACAAAGCAAAAAGGGAACCAGAAAUACUGUGGCUCUGGAAGACAUUGGAGAAAAAGAAAGAACCUCACUAUACUGUCAGAAUUAAGGAGGACCACAGUGAGCUCUGACUAAAACAAUGAUGAGUUCAAGUACCUUAGUGUUGAAUCAAGAACAAAGGGGGUUUUAUACCCAUCCUCAAAAUGAAACAUCUGUGGCCUGUUCUCAGUGAAGUCAUCACAAGGGCUGAGAAGUUCCAGACUAAAUGUAAUAUGAAGUGAAGUUGGCUUUAGUGGUUGUGAUCCAGUGAUAGAGUUGGCAAUAUGUGAUUUCUGUAUGUUUUCUUCCCCUGGAAUAAAGAUGGCUGAGUUGAAUUAUUACUUCAUGGUAGCUGUUUGGCACUGGGCAUGUUCUCCUUUGUGCCUGAGUUGUCACCUGUAAAAUGAAAAGUGGUAAGAAAGUCUACCUCAUAGGAAUGAAUGAGAUUUCAUAAGUGCCUGUAGUAGUGCCUAGCACAUCAGUAGUAUGCAGUGAGUACUGACUUUUAUUUUUAUCCCAAUUCAUGUGUUCAGAUACUUCAUACAUGCUAAUUCUCAAAUGCUUAUUUCUUACUCUUUUAUAGAGGAAUAUAACUAGAUCUGCAUAUCUAAGCCUCUUGUGUAUAUCUUUUAAAAUGUGAAACAGGCAAUUUCAUUGUAUCUAAAUUCUCUCCAAGCCAUCUGUCCACCAAAACCGGUAUCACAUGUUUUUAUUUCACAUUAAUAAACAGCAUUAUCAGUAACUUGGGAAUCCUCUUAGGUUUCCCUUUUGCUUCCCACUGCAAACCAGGUCUGAUUUACCUAAAACGGAUAGUUCUGUGUCUUAACCCUCAAACCCACACUACUCUGUUAACACCGACACUGCCAUGGUUUAUAGGCUAGGAUGUUGUACUUGCCUCCUAAAUGGUCAUGUGGUGUCCAGGCUUGUUUGCCAUACAGUAAGUUUUCAAGAGUAUUUGCUAAAUGAAUUUGUUUCACCAAGCAUUGAUCCUUUCAUCACUCUGAUGCCAGAAUGGUCUUAUUAACAAGCAGUUCUGUUCCCAUCAUUUUUUUGCUUUAAAACAUUUCAGUGCCUUCCCAUGACUUUCAGAAUUAAAAUCCUUUUAUGUAACAUAAAAACUUCAUGAUUUUUUCCAGCAUUUAUGUCUCCCCCCCCCCCCAGCUCUAGCAUACUGGGGUACAGAAAGCCUACUCAUUGGCCAUGUUAGCGAGAUUGAACUACUUGUGAUAGGUUUUCAUUCCUGUACAAGUUUCCUGUACCUGCGGUGCCUUGCAUACACUCCACUACUGUCCUUUUCUCACUCAGCCUUCGUGACUCAGUUCAGCGCAUGAGAAUGCCAUCUCUGGUUCCUCUGAAUUUCCGUAGGAAUUGGAUAAAUUUCUUGAAAGAGCUUGUCUUUUCCCAGUAUCCCUAGCCUUUAUUAGCAUAGUCUCUGUUAUUAUAGCAAGCACUCACUGUUUGAUGAAGGAGUGAUUUUUAGUAUCUAUUAUGUUUCUUAAGAGGUUUGAACCAUUGUAUUUUUUCCCAGUACUAAUAUAGAAUAAAUGCUUCUUUGUUACUGAAAACCAAAAAAUAAAUAAAAUUAUCCUCUGACCUUUUGGGAAAUGAGUAUACAUUGCUUAAACAAAAACUGAAUUAGAAAAUCUAACUUCACAAAGUAGACAAUUAGAGGUAUUAUAGAAUGAUUAAUUACUAUAUAAAUAAUUGUAUUUACUGUCUGAAGGUCUUGGUGCCACUUGAUAUUUACUGGUUAGCUGCUUCACAUACAACAGUACUCAUUAUUCAUUUGGCAUGCAUAUUUUGAGUGCUUACUGUUUGUUAGUUGUUACCCUUAAGUACUUAGAUGAAAAAAUUGGGGCUCUGUUAUCAAGGUGUACACAGCCUAAUGGAGAGAGAGAGAGAUGCAAACAAAUGGUUAUAGCUCCGUGCGGGAGCCUGGCAUACAGGAAUAAAGAGGAAGACUAUAUGGAUAAGCCUGAGGGUAGAGAGAUUUUCAUUUUUAGAUUUGUUUGUAAUUUAAAACUUACAGGAGAUGGGUAACUUUCUCCUAACUAGUAAUUUUGAAUAAUUUGUAUUUAUACAUUAUAUGCAGUUCCACAAAUGUAUCUCAGUAAUAUUCAUAAUAACCUAAUAAGGAAAAUACAUAUUCCUGGUAAAUAUUAGAUUAAAUAAAACCUGAGAUUUGAAUGAGGUUUGUCUUACUGGCAUUUUCCUAAGAACAUGUUUCCCAAAUGCUUAGUUCUUCACUGAUAAGCUGAGAAGAAAAUUAACUGUACAUUGUUGGUAACCCGUGGAUAAAUACUUAUUACCACCUAUAUUGAUGGAAGUACAUGGUAUGUAGUUGUAUCCAAAGUGAGCAUUGUAUUAAACUAUGUGUGUAAUCAAAUGGAUUGUUUGAAAGCUGCUUAAUUUUUUUUUUCCAUCAGAGUAUCUAGAAACAAAUCUGAAAAGAAACGUAGAGAUCAAUUUAAUGUUCUCAUUAAAGAACUGGGAUCCAUGCUUCCUGGUAAUGCUAGGAAGAUGGACAAAUCUACUGUUCUGCAGAAGAGCAUUGAUUUUUUACGAAAACAUAAAGAAAUCACUGCACAGUCAGAUGCCAGUGAAAUUCGACAGGACUGGAAACCUACAUUCCUUAGUAAUGAAGAAUUUACACAAUUAAUGUUAGAGGCUCUUGAUGGUUUUUUUUUAGCAAUCAUGACAGAUGGAAGCAUAAUAUAUGUGUCUGAGAGUAUAACUUCAUUACUUGAACAUUUACCAUCUGAUCUUGUGGAUCAAAGUAUAUUUAAUUUUAUCCCAGAGGGGGAACAUUCAGAGGUUUAUAAAAUACUCUCUACUCAUCUGCUGGAAAGUGAUUCAUUAACCCCUGAAUAUUUAAAAUCAAAAAAUCAGUUAGAAUUCUGUUGUCAUAUGCUUCGAGGAACAAUAGACCCAAAGGAGCCGUCUACCUAUGAAUAUGUAAAAUUCAUAGGAAAUUUCAAAUCUUUAAACAGUGUAUCCACUUCAGCACACAAUGGUUUUGAAGGAACUAUACAACGCACACACAGACCUUCUUAUGAUGAUAGAGUUUGUUUUGUAGCUACUGUGAGAUUAGCUACACCUCAAUUCAUCAAGGAAAUGUGCACUGUUGAAGAACCUAAUGAAGAGUUUACAUCUAGACAUAGUUUAGAAUGGAAGUUCCUAUUUCUAGAUCACAGGGCACCACCUAUAAUAGGAUAUUUGCCAUUUGAAGUUCUGGGAACAUCAGGCUAUGAUUACUAUCAUGUGGAUGACCUAGAAAAUUUGGCAAAGUGUCAUGAGCACUUAAUGCAAUAUGGGAAAGGCAAAUCAUGUUAUUAUAGGUUCCUCACCAAGGGACAACAGUGGAUUUGGCUUCAGACUCAUUAUUACAUCACUUAUCAUCAGUGGAAUUCAAGGCCAGAGUUUAUUGUUUGUACUCACACUGUAGUAAGUUAUGCAGAAGUUAGGGCUGAAAGACGACGAGAACUUGGCAUUGAAGAGUCUCUUCCUGAGACAGCUGCUGACAAAAGCCAAGAUUCUGGGUCUGAUAAUCGUAUAAACACAGUCAGUCUCAAGGAAGCCUUGGAAAGGUUUGAUCACAGCCCAACACCUUCUGCUUCCUCCCGGAGUUCAAGAAAAUCAUCUCACACAGCAGUCUCAGACCCUUCCUCAACACCAACAAAGAUCCCAACGGACACUAGCACUCCUCCCAGACCACAUUUACCAGCUCAUGAAAAGAUGGCGCCAAGGAGGGCAUCAUUUAGUAGUCAGUCCAUAAAUUCCCAGUCUGUUGGUCAAUUGUUAACACAGCCAGCGAUGUCUCAAGCUGCAAAUUUACCAAUUCCACAAGGCAUGUCCCAGUUUCAGUUUUCAGCUCAAUUAGGAGCCAUGCAGCAUCUAAAAGACCAAUUAGAGCAACGGACACGGAUGAUAGAGGCAAAUAUUCAUCGACAACAAGAAGAACUAAGAAAAAUUCAAGAACAACUUCAAAUGGUCCAUGGUCAAGGGCUGCAGAUGUUUUUACAACAGUCAACCCCUGGUUUGAGUUUUGGUUCUGUUCAACUUUCUUCUGGAAAUUCAUCUAACAUCCAGCAACUCACACCUAUAAAUAUGCAGGGACAGGUCGUUCAAACUAACCAAAUUCAAAGUGGAAUGAAUACUGGACACAUUGGCACAACUCAGCAUAUGAUACCACAGCAGACUUUACAGAGUACAUCAAGUCAGCAGAGUCAACAAAAUGUACUGAGUGGGCACAGUCAACAAACAUCUCUUCCCAGUCAGACACAGAGCACUCUCACAGCCCCACUGUAUAACACUAUGGUGAUCUCGCAGCCGGCAGCUGGAAGCAUGGUCCAGAUUCCGUCUAGCAUGCCACAGAACAGUACCCAGAGUGCUGCAGUAACUACGUUCACUCAGGACAGACAGAUCAGAUUUUCUCAAGGUCAGCAACUUGUGACCAAAUUAGUAACUGCUCCUGUAGCUUGUGGGGCGGUCAUGGUACCUAGCACAAUGCUCAUGGGUCCGGUGGUGACCGCCUACCCUACCUUUGCCCCGCAACAGCAGCCGUCCCAGGCACCGGCAGUCACGCGGCCGCCGCAGAGCUCCCGGGAACAGCAGCUCCCUUCAGUUCAGCAGCCGCCUCAGGCUCCGCUGACCCAGCCACCGCAGCAGUUUCUGCAGACUUCAAGGUUGCUCCACGGGAAUCCUUCAACUCCGCUUAUCCUCUCUGCUGCAUUCCCACUACAACAGAGCACUUUCUCUCAGUCACAUCACCAGCACCACCAGUCUCCGCAGCAGCAGCAGCUGAGUCGGCCCAGGACUGACAGUUUGACCGAUCCUUCCAAGGUUCAACCACAGUAGCACACACGACUCCUCUCUCACCUCAGGGGAGGUAGGGGUUGUCCAUAGCAGUUGCUCAGAUGAUCUGAGGCUAGAAGGAAACGUUCCAGCAGUUUCACAAGAUGCAGUGCUGAGUGCUGUAGUUUCUGGAAUUAGUUAGCAGGGAAAAUGCUGCCUAGUGCUACAGAUGUACCUGAAAUACCAGCCAGCAGGAGAUGAUCACGGGGCCAUAGUCAAUUCUGACAGUGUUUUACUUGCCCAGCUAUUUUUUCGAUGGAAAGAGUAUAUUGCCAAAUGUUAAGAAGCUCAGCUAUGAAACAUGGCCUCCAGUCAAUCAGAAAGGCACUAACAAUGUUAGUAACUUUUAGUGGUUCUGUGCCUGUUUUCAAGUGUUACAGAGGACACACCACUGUCAUGUCAGGGGUGGCUUACAAUGAUGCCAUGAAGACAGGGUCCGGUAGACCCAAUAGGCCCCCUUCCCCAUUCCCUCUCCCUUUUCAGAUAAUGAUUGGAUAGUAAUUAAUUUCAGAAUGUUGUGUCGUUCAAAUUCUCUAUGUACAGAUGCUGUAAAAAAUUAUGUAUAUGUCUAGAUAAAAGGAGAGAGAGCAAAACAUUUUGUAAGCUGCAUGAAAGCAUUAUCUACUCCUAGGUGUAUUUUCUUAGAUUGACACCAUGUGCAAACUAGUACGUUCUGUUUCCCCUUUUGUUUACAACACGGUAGUGUUCUACUCACUUUUCCGGGGCACAAGGCUUUUUGUUCAUACUUUGGCUGUGAUGUCACAGUUUGUUCAGUGAGGUAUGAUGUGCUGCUGGGAAUGGAUAUUUUUUUCCAGGUUAAAUUAUUGAAGCAACAGGAUUUUCAAGUUACUCAGAAAUAUCCCUCAUUUCAUUAUUUUUCAUUUAUGUUUGAAAAUAGGAUUUGCACUGCUUUAUUUUAGAUGGUUGGAAGUUUUGGUCACAUAUUUUGAUAUAGUUCAUAGUUGGGAAUAGUUGUGUAAAUGGCUUUCAAUAAGCCUGAAAGUCAUUUCAAGAAUGUUCCAGUUAUAGGAGUAAAAUUUGCACACAAAAGAUUUUAGGCACUUUUUAACAUUCUCACUGGUGGGAAUUUUAACUUUUAGGAUUUGUUGGAAUCUUUUUAUUAUCCUUCACAAUUUCAAUGCUUCUUUUAGUCAGAAAUGAUUCAGGGUUAUUUGAGAGAAAAAAAAAAAACCCAUAGUGCCUUGAUUUUGAUUCAGGUGAUAACUCACCAUCUUAAACUCAUUUUCUGGUUUCAGUAGCAGUUUUGAAACCUUAGUACAUUUUUAACAGCAUGUGGGUGUCAGUGCCAUUAUGAUUCUCCUAAGUUCCCAGGAAGACUACUUUGAGUCUCUUGGACUAGAGGUACAAGUAACUUAGGGAAAAAAAGGUGAGUGACAUCCUAACACUAUCAGAGUCAUUGAUGUGAUCACAAAAUUGUUUUCCUAAAUCAACAUCUUCCUUUCAAGCUAAACAGUCAGUUAAGAAUUACCUGUAAAUAUUUUCUCAAUAUGAUCUUGAUAUUCCUACAAAGAAAAAAGAAAGGGUAGGAAUUGGCUUUGCCUUCACUAUAACACUAGAAUAUUGUAACUCACAUGCUUUCUGAACAUGAACUAAGAUUUCAUUUGGCAAUAUUAGAUUCUAAAGGUAAUAAAUUCCAACAGAAAUUACAUAAAACAUUUUAUAGAUUUUUAUGGUACUAAUAAAUAAAUUUACAACUAUAAAGCAAAGGAAAAUUAAUGGAAAUACCUUAUUAGAAUAUCAAAAAUUAUUACUGAGGAAAGGGAGGAUAGCAAGCUGUAAUAUAUCAAAAUUGUCCUUAAAAGAAAAUGUAUAACAGAACUGAGGCUGUUACACAGAAGAAGGUUUUGAGCAAUGAAAAUAACCUACUACAGAAUUGCUCUUAAGCUCAGUUCUUUAAGACUUUUCUGUCCUCCACUUUGCUCUCAUCCCGAAGGGAUAUACUUUGUCUUUCUGUAGACAACUGUACUUGGCCACACUUAAAUUAGAAAGUUAUAUUGAAAAAGAAAAUAACCAAAGAAAGUUGGUACCUACCCUUCUACAAAAGAAGUGUCACUAGAUACCAAUCAAUAAUUAACAUAUCAAGAAGCUCCUCUUCUAGCUAAAUGAUCUGGAUGAAGAGAUUUCUGACUUUCUCAUGAAUGUCAAGAAUAGUUGUCAGUGUGUGUGUGUAACUUGAGCAUAGGUACACAUAGAUGAACUUGAUGUUGUAGAAUAUGGCAACAGUAUUAAUUUUCUCCCCUUUCAAAUUGCCUUUCUCAACCUUAUGCCAUUCCAUAUAUAUCUGAGUUGUGCCUCAUUUGUUUACUGGCAAUAUCUAGUGGUAUGGGUAGCAAGAUACGAAGAACUGUUAGAUUAAGAUUUAUCCUCUAAAUAACCAUACUUACACGGAAAGAUGGUCAACUGUGAGUACUGUGUACUUAGGUUAACAAAGGCAAAGCAUAAGACAAGCCACAAGGUAAAUCUGUAGACUAUUCACGGUCUCCUCUACCAGUUCCUUCAAUAUUUUCCAUCCUUGUCAACAUUUGGGAAGGAGAAUUAGAUAAAAUGUUUUAGAAUUCCUGUUGUUCCUCACAGCUCAUUUUUGCCCUUAGAAUGGAUUGUCUAAAGGAACAGCCAGCUGCUUUCCCUCUGCUGUCAAUAGGUGUUGUUGAAGAGCUAGUGAGCAUCAGCCGCCUCAGCUCCUUCUGUUUUCCUCCUGCUUUCCUUGAACUUGGGUUGCAGAGCGGUUGCUUCCCUCCCCCGCACCCCCCAUCAUUGAGACUUGAGCGAACGUCUGAUGAAGAUUGGGCAGUCGCCUGUUCUUCAUUUCUGUAGCCAAAGUUGUUCCUUAAAAUCCCAAAUCUGCGUAAUGAAAAAAUACCAACUGGAGACACCUUUCAGCUACUUAAAAGUCAUUAGAUUCUUCCCUCUGCUUUACUCUCAGAGAGAUUCGAUUUUUCUUAAAAACGUUUUAUUCUGGGUGGCACUUUUUAGGUAAGAAACUGUUGAAGCCUUGGGGAAAUGUUAGCUGCUCUGCAGUCACUCUGCUUUGGACAACUCAAGUGAGGACUGCGAGGAUCAAUCAGGUUGCUGCUAAGAGUGGUGUCAAACCAGAACCUAGACACUCAAAAAAGUUACUCCGAUUUUUGGGUAGAAUAUAUUGGAGAAAAAGCAAGUAUGAGGGAUGGGGAUCGCACGUGAGCAAAUACUACCUUUCAGUCUCCAAACUUUGUCCUAAGCUGAGGGGGUCAUUUGCAUCCCAUGCUCUGCUUUGUCACUUAAAUUUGGUUUAGGAAUGUACUAGAAAUAAGAGGAUGCCAGUGACUUUGAAUAGUUGGUUAUAGAAUACUCAGUGCAGAAUAGUGAAAACGUGAUUUGGAUUUUUCCGAAGCACUAGAGUUUUUGGUCCUUGCCUUAAAGCGGUCUGCUUGCAGUUAGUUCAGGGUGUGGAGGAGUGCAGCCCUGUGCAGGGCAUCGUGCUGAAGGGAGGGGAAUCUUUGUUCGAGAAGCCUUAGAAAGGGGCCCCUUCAAGUAGUACUCUUUCUCUGGCUCCACACAGGUGAAAAUUAUUUUAAACUGGGUAUUACUCAACUUGUUUUCUGAUGUUUCCACUACAGUGAGGUAAACCUUUUUUUUUUUUUUAAGGUGGAAUGCAAAUAGCAUUUUACUCUAGUAUUGCUCAUUUCUCCCUUUUUCUCUGGUUCUUUGCUGAGCGAAAGUUUGUUGGUGAACAUUUGUGUAAAACUCAUUCAAGUCUGUCUAUAAUCUUUCCAAUAUCUGUGACCCUACUCUUCGUCCCUUGGGAGUCGAUGUUGUAAGGUAUAAACACUGGAUAUUACUUUACUAUUGCUGAGUGAGUCUAGCCAGGAGUAAGCGGAUUGGAAUUUCCAAAUGGUGGAAAAGAGACAGCACAAAGGCACUUGCCAUUUUAUUAGCAAUUGGAGAGAGAGACCCUUGUAAGUUUGUUUGGGUUGGGUGAGCAUUCCUCUGAAAGGAGCUUCUGAAAUAAAUGCAAAGGAAAAGAGUCGACUAUUUUUAUAGCAUAUUUAAUAUAUUUGUAUAUAACUAUGAAUAUGUAGGAACCCUCCACAUGCCUCCCACUUUUCUAAUUUACUCCCCCUUCUGCCAUAGCACUAGUAGGAGCCUCAUCCGCAUGGGUAACGUGCCUAUUGCCAGCCUACCAAAAGAUAGUGCUGCUUUCGGAGACAGGUGAGAGGACCCACCUCUCACGCCCGGGGAUCCUUUCUGUAGGACAAGCACACACUCUUCAAAUAACGUACCACAGUCUGAAAGCAUCAUUUUGAAAUUAACAAGCACUUUAUUGCAACUCUUCAUUUUGAUAAAGUUUAUUAUCUUAGGCAUUACCAUUUCUAAAGGAUCCCCAAAUCAUCACUUAGGUGAAAUUUAAAAAUGACACAUUUCUGAGAAAUGUUUAGAUCCAGUGAACCGUAGCAGGUUUAUGGGAGUGAUUUCAAGGUAGCCAAAUGAAUUUUGACUUUGGUUUUGAAUGUGCUGGAGUCAGGAGAUUGUAGAUGCCUAGUUCCAUUUCGACACUAUUGUAAACCUAUCUUGCCUAUUGUGUGGACACCAAAAGAGACCAAUGAGCCGGUUUAUUUUCAGAGGUCUAGGAAAAUUGCAUCAGUGUGAAUAGAUGUAUAGAACUAACCUAAAAGUGAUUGGUAGUAAUAUUUUAGAAUACGAUAAAAAUUUCAAGAAUUAUUCUGGGUGUUUUAAAUGUGCUCUGAAAUGUUGGCAUGUCAUUUCAGCGUUUCCAUUUGAAUUGCUCUUGUAAUAUUUUUGCACAAAAAGGACUGAGAAAAAGACUACUUCGGUUGAAGAAAAGUAUAAUUUGGUCUUAUUUUAAAUAUGUCUCCUGUGGAAACACUGGGGAUGCAUUUUGUUGGUAUAGUUAUUAAUUCAGGAUAUUUAAAGCAGUAUUGAACAGCUCACAAGAAAUUAAGCAAACGUGGACAUUUAAAAAUUAAAACUUUCUUUCCAUGUGACUGUUUUUGCAUAUUUUUCCCCUUGUCGUAAUUUAACACUACAUUCCUUGUUUUUCGUAAAUAAAAUAAUACUUUGCAGGUUCUGCUUUGAGUAUUUAACAAUAUUUUGUAAGCUGACUGGGUUUUCCUAGGGAAACGGUCUUUAGUGAAAUAGGAUCUAGUUUAUGAAGAGACUGUUUAAGUGGAAUUCCAUCACCACCACCAGCAAACACUGAGGUGCUGCAUUAAGUGACAAUCAAAAUAGUGAGUAUUUAUGGAAGAAUUCAGAAAGUGAUUUUAAAGACGCAAUUGCUUUGAAAGCAGUUCUCUGGAUUUCUUGAAUGAAAAUGGCUAAAUGUAUUUAUUUAUAUUUUAAAAUAUCUUUGUGUUGUUUUCUCAUCAAAGUGAUUUCACAGUGUCAUGUAUUUAAUUUGUGGUUUUGUUUUGUUUUGCUUCGUAAUCUUUUAUGUAAAGAACUGACUCUUCUUAUGUGGGGCGCAGUCUCAGGCCCUCAUGAGGACUCUCCCUGGGCCAAUCCAAAUCUGUGUUACUUCAGGACGGCAGUGGAGGGCCCAAAGCCAGAUGCCCUUGCACUUCCCGCCUGUUCUCAACUCAAUUAAGAAAGAAUAAAGGUAACUCCUUCUGAAUCUGCUCUGAAUAGCUCCAACCUUUUUCUAGUUUCACUUGCUGCCUUUUCUAUUUUAUGGGUACUUUUUAUAUGAUUACUUCCCCAGCGCAGCCAAAGGCCAGUAUGACACAACCGAUGGCACACGGUGCCUGUGUUUGGCCCGUUUGGGGAAAUGUCAGUAAGACGAUCAGCAUCUUCUCAUGGCCAUCACCAUCAUGUCCAUAUUACAGUCCAUUAGAAGUCCUUAAAUAUAGGUGGAACAAUGUAUGUGCACUGUAUUCUUCUAACAAAAAAUGUUGGCCGUUUUUAUGUAGUGACUGUUGCUUGGUCCUUUAAAAACAAAAAUCCUUCAUACACGGCACUGUCCACUGGAAGUGGUGUUUGAGCAUUUGAAGCCUAGAAAUUCGGAGGCUGUUUCUUCCCUAGUGUGCAUUGGAACACAGUGCUCCAUGUUAGGGCUCCCCGAGUGGAGGGGCAGGGUACCCUGUCUAGCUUUUGGGACCCCUUCAAGAAUGGUAAUGAAAGCAAGUCAACCACAAGUUGGAUUUAAUCGAGGUAAAACGUGUUAACUCUGAGGGUCACAUUGAAAAUGUGUUUUCAAAUGUAUGCUUUUAAAUUUCUGAGGAAACAAACUGUGACAUCGCUUUAAAAAUGACGUCCAGAUACUGUGUGUGUUGAGUCGGUCUGUACUGUGCAGAUUCACUGCUGGCAGUGGCUGCGCCAGUGCCGAAGAGUUAAAAUGGAGGGAAAGCUAGAUUGGCCGUCGACUGACGCAUUAUGUAACUAGACAAUCAAGCAAAACCAGGUGGCCAGGAAAUGUCCUUUUUUUUUUUCCCUUCAUGUCAGCCAGAACAGCUGUAAUUCUUAGACCAUUCUAGAAUGAUUCUGAAAUCUCGUUUACUAGGGCGUAAGUUGGGGAAGGGCCUCAGUAUAGCACUUGCUGACAUUCACUCUAUGUAGAGAUUGAAGCCCAAAGAUGAGUCACAUUCAGUGCUGUAUUGAAACCAGUUAGUGCAAAAAAAGUUUUAUCUUUGUCAAUUUAUGUUAACAUCAGUUAUUAGCUGUAAAAACAUACACCAAAUUCUUCCUAGUGUUCUGUGUGGUUUCUUGGUGUGCUACUCUUGACAUUGCUGUCCUUCCUGCUUGGCUCUUGGUUUCAAGUAAAAAUUAGAUGUAGCCCAUUGUUCUUCACUUCCAAAAGGGUAGAGCUAUAAAUGGCUAAGAUCUUAAGAACACCUACUUUCCUAAAGCAAACAUUUAACUGAAAUCCAAAGUGAUUUACAAAAAUGAGACUGACAUUUCCUAGGUAUUGUUUUCUGCCCAAAUCCUAAAUUGCACAGAAGCACGAGGGGAUAAUGAAUGGUUUCCAUGGUGCUACAUUAGGUUCUCUGAUGAUUUUUAUGAGUUAUGUUUGGAAGUACAAUAUUAUAUAAAAUGUGAAUCAUUCUGUUACCAACUUAACUAUUGAUUGCCACUUCAAUUUGGUGUUACAAUUGGUUACACUUGUUUUUCAGAGCUGUCCUUUGAGAAGAGGUAAAUGUUUUAUUAGCCUACCUCCACUCAGGCCUCUUGGUGUAUGAUCAUUUCUCCAGGUUAUGAUGUGCACAGUUUUUAAAAACUACAUGUACUAUAAUUAUAAUGCUCUUUCCCAUAGACUUUUGUAAUUGUAUUCAGAACCUAAAAUCAUAGCAGAAGAGCCAAGCAGUAGCAUUGGUGGUUUUUUUCUUUUGUAAAUGUAAAAUUAGAUCCAGACUUUGUUUCCUUAUUCAACUUUAAAAAUAAAAAAAAUACCUCAGUGCUAUGUUUUUCGGUAUCACCUGCAUUUCUCAAAAAAUAACACCUGCUUUAUGUGGCACAUGACUUGUAAGAAUCACAUUAUUUUGGAUUUUAAAGGAAGACUAUUAAAUAUUUUAAAAUCAAUAACAAUGACAUUUUCUUUUCUUUUAUUCAGCAAUGGAGUCUAACAGUAUUAGCGGUUUUUACCUUGUAGCUUCAAGUCUGAGCUACCAAAUUCUGUGAGUAGUUCUGUCCUGAUACAAGAUUGUGGUGCCUCAGAAAGCUCUGCUGCUACUCAAGUAUCAGCUCGUUCUUGGGCCAGGCCGUCUGCACUGCUGAGUCCGGGCUGUGAUGGGACCAGCUACUUUCGUAACAAGGCAUUAUCCUCUCUGUUCUUGCAAAAGAUGUAAUUGUUGGCUCUCUAUUAGGGGAGUAAUGGUGUAGUCUGGGGUCUUAGCCUGAAAUUUCUCUGAAGUGUUUUAUUUUCACACGUGGGCAUUGUAUUUACUGCCCUGUAACUGCACUUGUUAUGGUGGCUAGAGAACUCCUUAAAAGUUUCCCAAAAUGACUUUUUCGUCAAUAUGUGCUGUUGCUACUUUUAAGAGAGUCUUAAAUAGAAUUACUGCACAUGGGAACAGAACAUAGCAGGCUGGGAGAAGCAGUGAUGCUGUUUGGAUAAAACAGUUGAAUAGACAGGACCGUGAUUACUGAAGUUAGUGUGAUAAAAUGAGGUAGCUUAUUAUGAUCGGUGGUCACGGGUUCUAGAAUGAAACUGUGUGGUUUGAUGCACUGCUCUACCAUAACACUUUUUUUUUUUAAACCUUGUUAGUACCUACUGUGUUCCAGAGCCGUCUGAGGGUUAAAGUAAGACAGGCUUUAGAAGAUGCCUGGCUCCUGUUUUUUAACAUCAACUUUAGAAACUGGUCUAUAAAUAUUACUACUACUUUGGUAAAUUAUUGUUACAAACUCACUUAUAAAAUGCACAAGGGAAAACAAGCUCUGGUCAUACCACUUUUAUUUACACUAUAUCUAUGUUACAUGGUUUCUUCAAUAUAGAAAAAAUAUGAAUACACUCAUAGUAUUCUCUUUUAAUUUAGUAAUUCCACAUUGUCAAAUAUUGACUGUUUUUAUAUUGGGUUUCUUACCCAAUUUAAAAAAAAAAAAAGGGAGGGAGAACGGACCUGGCAAACAAUUCUCAUCAUGUUAUAACAGUAAUACAUUAUUCUUUAAAAAAAAAAUUUUUUUUAAAGACUUGUGAUUACACUGCUUUCUGGCUUAAUAUUUUAAGAGCUAAAAAUUCAUUCCUCCCCCAAGAAAAAUUUUAAGGCAAAUCCAGGAGAAAAUCUAUCUUCCUCAUUAAAGAGGUCAGUGCUGAAAGAAAAUCAAGGCUAGACCCCACUGUACAGUGGUUCUAUGUAUAUACCCUCUCCCACCAAAAAGACCCCACAAAUACUAAAAGAAAAAAACAGUGAUCACACUAACAUAAUUGUGCUGGAGAAAAGAAAAAUCCACACUUGGAUAUCAGGUUUCUUUUAAAAAUCCAUGUUGCAAAAGAAUAAAUGAUUAUUUCUUCUGGACAUAAUACUUUCAUUAUGGGUCAAACUCGCAAAUCAAUGCUACAAAAUACAGUCUUUUCUGUCACUUUUAGUUACAAUGUACACUAUGUAUAUAUAAACACAAGAGUUACCUAUCUUAACGAAAUACAAAUGAGCAAACGGCUUGUUAAAAACCAGAAUCGGGACUUAUAAACAGUGCAGAAAAUGCAAACGCCAAAAAUACGAUGCCUCCUAUGAUUGUCACUGUAAGAGAAGAGAAAAAAAGUGAAAUAAGGCAAACUUCCUCUAUGAGGGAGCGAAGAGACUGCCCAUUAUUCUUCCAAUCUGGUGAACUAACCUUGAAAAGAAAUUAGAAACACUCAAACCCCUCUUCCACAGCAAAGAAUACUUAAUACACUUGACUGUACAGUAAUAAUCCACGGCUUCUCCAGCGCUAUUUCAAGAAAUGACAGAAUUAUAUUAAAAUUGAGACCGUGCUGACAAGCAACAAUAGAACUGUAACUCCUCUUAAAACCCAGUUAUUAAAAAGAAUGUUCAACAGCCUCUGACAAGAGACUUUUUUAUUCCAUUUUUAGGCCCUCCCAGCUACACAGGAAAUUUUCAGUGGAAUCCAUAAACGGUCUCCACCUACAGAUCCCCAUCUUACAAAACGCACUUUUAAGGCCAGAAAUUUUAUUUCCAACGUGAUGAUUUUUUUUACUUAAAUACAUUGAUAAAAAGCGACUAUAAAUCCAGCACGGCUUUUAGAUGAAUUUGUAUUUUACUAACAUCUGUGCAUGUGAGAAACAGUCCAUGUUUGCAAUAGCAGCAGCAAUGAACUAGACCUCUAAGAGAUCAUUGCAGAGACCGAGUGUACUCCAGAAGUAAAAACUUAGAACGAACUCCCCUUUCUCUAAUGUCUUAGUAAUUCUCGAAGUUGAAACAAAUGGUAUUUUCUUUGUAAUUUAAAAAAUAAAAGGGGUGCCUGGAUGGCUCUGUCAGUUAAGCAUCUGAUUCUUGAACUCAGCUCACCUCUUGAUCUCAGGGUGAGUUCAAGCCCUGACUUGGGCUCCAUGCUGGGUGUGGAGCCUACUUAAAAAGAAAUAAUAAUGAAAUUUUUAAAAAAGAAAAAAACCCCGAAGACUUACCAGUUCUGACAGAGAUUUUUUGUGCGAUCAUUCUUCCUCCAAUCACUGCCAAUCCAGUGCAUAAGCAGUGGCCCACUGUCCCACCCACUGCUACACCAUACGGGUCCUGGAAGCAAGCAUAGCUAACGUUAAUUUAAAAGCAGUUAAAACAGUUCCCUGAGAACUGAUAGUCACUGAAAAUGGAGAUCAACGACAACAAAGCCUUAAACCGGUUCUAAAAAUUCAAGUGUAUAAUUUAUGAAAAGUUAAUAGCUGCUUGAAGGAAUAUGCUCCAGUUAUAUCUAGGAACAGAGCUAAAAGUAGCAGAAACAUUUCUCAGAUCAAAAUAACCCUCAUACAGCCUUUCAGCAGUUGUCACGCUUCAGUCACAGGUGAUAUUUAGCUCUCAAGUGACAAGUGCUUUUGAGACUCCACCUAGACAUCUCUUCCCUCAGGUAGUGCCUGCUAUUCUGGGGAAACGAGGCAAGUCUUGACUCUACAGAUCCUGCCUGCCUUCUUCUCCACUGUGUCCUCGGUGCUUUUACUCAGUGCCAGGAACACAGUAUUCAUUCGGUAAAUGCUUGCUACCAGCACAAAGUGGUGGAGGUGCUCGGAUUGGGAAGACCAGUGAAAGUUUUCCAGAAAAGAAAGCCCUGAAGAACGGGCAGGAAGACUGGACUUUGUUUUGUGGAGGAGAGAACAUACUAGAAGGCAACAGGCCACCAAUAAGAGACAACUACAGAAUAUGUUAACAUAGAACAUAAAACGUAACAUGGUUAGAGGUCAGCUCAUAAAGGACCCUAUAUAUAAGCUUAGAAUUUAGACUUUCAGACACUGGCUGGUUUUUAGCUGGAGAGUCACAGAACAGGUUUAUGCUUUAAAAGUCUAGUACAGAGAAUGAACUGGAAGGAAACAAAAUUAAAGGCAAGGUGGUCAAUGGGAGAAGCUAUUGCCUGGACUGGGGUGGGAGACUGGAAGCAGAGAAAAGCAGGUAGAUUUGGGCAAUUAAGGAGGCAUAAUCGAUAUACCUUAGUGACAAGUUCGAGUAUUAGGUGUUAAGGAAGAGAAAAAUCAGGCAUGACAUCCGUAUUUCUCACCCAUAAUUCUCUGGAUGAAUUAUAAUACCAUGACUUAAAAAGUUAGUGGAAGGAGUGAAGAAAGGGUUUAUGGGUGCUGACAGGAGUUGAAAGUGGACAAGUUCAGGAGUCAGUUGAGUUCAGUGGUGAGUAAACUGUGGGACUGAAGAGAAUGACCCUGAGAGAAAAUGCAGAUGGAGGAAAGCAACACCGAAGGGAUGAGAGAGGCAGAGGAGCCCCCGAGAAGGCGGCGGAGGCGGCCAGGCGAGGAGCCCCCCCCCGCCCCCCCCAGAUGAGCGCCGUGGGGCCAGUUGGCGGUGGCGGCGGGGAACUCACAGCCCCACGUCAGCAGUUCGGUGAGGCUGGAAACUAGGGCCAGCGGGUGUAGAGAGCAAAAAAACGGACCAACUCCCGUUCCCCAUCAGAGCCAAGGCCCUUGAGUCGGGGGAGGGGAGGCAGAGGGUGGCGUCUGAAAGAGAAGUGGGAUUGAGGGAGGGGGGAAAACUCUUAGAUGGGGAAAACUCAUGCAUGUGAAAAUGCUCCCAAAACCGCCCUGGGAGAAAGGCGAAGAUGUAAGCGACCGAGUGGGGACACGGAGGGGCGGGGAUCAGAAAUGCAGCAGGGACAGCACUGCCGUUGGGGGGGACGGGGCAAGGAGGAGAGGCGGACCCUGCUGCCCUGUGAAGGGGUGGGGUGGGCAGGGGCGGCGGGGUGGACCGCGCCGCUCAGACUCUGCGAGUUCUCACUUCCAAGCUGGCAUCCUGGGAGGUGGGGCCAUUCUACUGCAAAGUGACGCUUCAAGAAUCACUGGAUCAAGUACAAUUCAAUAGUUCCUUUAAGACAGAAGUUUUCAGUCUUUGUUAUUUGCAAAAUUUAUUUGACCCUGGAACCUCAUCCCCCACUUUUUUUUUUUUUUUGCUUAGUACCUAAUUAACAUCUUCUAAGGACAUGGUGUUGAAAGCAGAAAUAAACUUCAGACUAAAAUAAACUGAACUGCAUUCCAGCAUGGUUUAUAUAAAAAAUUACCAAAAAAAGUUAGGAACAUUAAGGGAACAAAAACAGACCACCCCUAUUUCUGCCCCUGAAGAGCUCACUACCAUCCCCACGGUGCUGGGGGGAACCUACGCACAUUCUCUGCUUCAUCCACACAACCACCCCAUGAAGUAGCUAAACGCCCCAUCUUCAGACGAAACAGGGUGCAGUAAUCUGGUCACACAGCAGAAGACUCGAGCUUGGUCAGCACACGCCACGCUGCCAGAAUGUGGCGGCACCGAGGGAGCGCACGGGGACAGCGGACCCGGACCUUUCCCAAGUCCCUCUGUGCCACACAGAUGACGCUAUUAAGGAAAAUGCAGCCAUUUCUACCGUCUUAACAGCUCACUCUGGCGGAACCACCCCCACCAUCACCAUCACCACCAAAAGGUCGCUUACUUUCAAGUCCCAAUCCUGGCAAUCUGAAAGCCAAUAAAGAAGGCUAGAAAUCAAGAAAAAUAUAAGGCACAGCCAUUACGGUGACAUUUUCCAAGAAAGUUUUAAAAUGCAGGAUUCGACAGGUCCCCGGUAGCUGGGGCACCUGGGUGGCUCAGUCGUUAAGCGUCUGCCUUCGGCUCGGGUCGUGGUCCCAGGGUCCUGGGAUCGAGCCCCGCAUUGGGCUCCCUGCUCCGCGGGGAGCCUGCUUCUCCCUCUCCCACUCCCCCUGCUUGUUCCCUCUCUCGCUGUGUCUCUCUCUGUCAAAUAAAAUAAAUAAUCUUUAAAAAAAUAAAAUAAAAUGCAAGAUUCGAGUGAAAAACGGAGUUCUACUUUUUUUUUUUUAAUACAGCAUUUUUUAUGUUUCUCUGAUGAAACCGCCCUGUCCUGGCCUUCAGCUCUUGUUUGAAACUGGGGCCUACGUUAAGGAACUUGUCUCCUUAGGAGCUAAGGACACAUUCAACUCAAGCUUGUUCUCUAAAUCCUACCACUGGAUAAAAACAGUGCAAUUGAACAGAUACAAAAAAAGACGCGGUAUCAGCUAAGAUCAAGGAGAGCCUGAGAAGUUGCAGCACUGCUUUCCACAGCCGCCGCCUCAGUAAGUCGUAGUAAGCCCGUGUGAACGGUAAGACACCUCAGGAGAAACUAAUCCCUCCGAAAAGGAAGAUGAAGAUUUUAAAAACAACCCCCCCAAGCUAUCUUUUAAAUUAAGUGGCAUUUGGCAACUACAAGAUAUAGAAGAAAAUGCUAGAAGGCAGAGCGCCUUAGCUUCUAGUCCUUGCCCCUGCUACCAACUAGCUGAUCUUUGGACAAGUCGCCCAGUGUCUGCGCCUCAGGUUCUGUAUCUUUAGAGCAAAGGUGCAGACAAAGUGAGCAGAAAUCUCUUCUAGCUUACCACCAUUCUAGGCCUCAGUAUUCAGGGUCUAAGAGCAGCGAAACUGUAUAUCAGAAGCAAGUCAACUGUAACUGCACUACCCAGAGAUAAGCACUGUGAACGUUUCAAUUUCCUGAAGUUUUAUGUUUGCCGAGAAGCGACUAUUCCCACACUACACAGAAAUUUGUAAAUAAAUGAACUAAUUUCUCCACACUGGACAGUUAGGCUGUUGUUAAUUUUCCACUGAAUGUUAUUUUGUAAAGUAACCCCCUACAACACUAAAGUUCUAAGGAAAGACAAAACCAAGUCAAGACGACUGCCACGGUUAUCAGUUCGGCAAAACUGAAGGGAAGAGGAGUCAACAAGAGAAAUCUAAAGACGCCAAUUCAGUUGGGACACAGAAUGCCAUCUGACCACAGGAGCUGGAGAUGGGCCAUUUUAAAGAGAAUCAGGAUCAUUAGUCUAAAAUAAUCCAGCAUGUGCAGCAGUCCCUUGGCCCAGACGGACUGUCCUCUGGAGUCCUCUGGAGCAAAGUAACAUUGUUAUGCUUAGUUUUACCAUUAAUACAGAAGCCACUGUUUCUCAAGUAUCACUCACCUCUCUAGCUGCCAAAACAAUUGUAGUUAGUUGUGAGCGAUCACCCCAUUCUGCUAAGAAUGUUAAUGUAAGAGCCUGAACAAAGAUGGGUGAGAUAAAAUGCAGCCAUCUUUUCUGAGGUAUCGUCGUGCUUGCACCCGUUUCAACAUCUCCUGGUCCAUUUAAGAGUUUGGUUCUUUGAAACUAAAUUUUUAAAAAAAAGGGAGAGAGAGAGAGACAUUAAUCCCAAGAAGCAAAUCAAAAUAGUAUCAAAAUUACUUAACCUUUGAGAAAGUGUUUAAAUUUUAUGGAAUAUGCUGAAACUAAAAUUACGUGACCCCAAACUUUUCUUUUGAACCACUCUCACACAACAAACACUAUAUUCUCAAUUCUUCCAUUCCUCCGCAACAAAAUCAAUCUUUACUGCUCCCUUACUAUCCUAAAUGCUGUGGCAAGAAACGUAAAAUACAAAGUACAGUUCCUGCUUUGCGGGAACUUAUAAUCACCGAGGAGCCUGAUCACGGCUCUAAGAAUGCAAACCAGGCACAACAAGCUAUUCUUGCGUGGCCCACACAUCUCACCCGGAUAGGGCUGGCCACCGAAGAAUCUGUGCAUAGUGUUGAUUCUUAGUUGAGUGCUUUUUUGGUCCAGAUAUUUAAUACUGCCAUGACUUACUUCUUCAUCUUUUUUCUUUAAUUCCGCUUGCACUUCUUCCAGUUCCUCUUGACCUUCAUCUGGACUCAUCUUUAAGCCUUCUCGAAGCAUUCUAAUGCCAAAAAUGGCAAAUAAUGCAGUUGAAACAUAGUAUGUAUACACCCUGGGGAUGACUGUGGUGGCAUAGCCAAACAAAACUGGAAGAAAAUGCAACAGCACGCCCAGUUAGUUAGCAGGCACCGCAACUAACCCACAGAACAGUUAACUUUGGAAAUCCUAAUUUAACACUGUUCUGGGGCGCCUGGGUGGCUCAGUCGGUUGAGCAGCCGGCUCUUAAAUUCCGCCCAGGUCAUGAUCUCGGGGUCCUGGAAUCAAGCCCUGUGUCUGGCUCCGUGCUCAGCACGGAGUCUGCUUCAGAUUCUCUGUCUCCCUCUCCCCCCGCUCCUCCCCCACUCACACGCACUCGCUCGCUCUAAUAAAUCUUAAAAAAAAAAAAACCACAUUGUUCUAAAGGAAAAAUGGUUCACGUAAGAAGCCGAUCUAAUACAUAUUAAACCUUAAAUAAUUCCACUACUUUCCCUCCGCCAAUUUCAGACCCUGAGAUCAAGCCAGGGGCCUAACAUCAUGAGAUCAGUGGUGCAGCUGAAGACAGCAUGUGUUCCCCGGGGAGAGAACGAACUCCUCUGUGGCCACAGCCAGGGGCUGGCUCGCCACAUGUCCCGUGGGGCACAGUACUUUAGGGAGGAACUUAACGAUGAUGCCCUCUAAGGAUCCUGACAUCUUAUACCACUUUCAUAUGUAAGUGAUAUUUCUUCAUCACAGAUCUUUAAAUUAUAAACUUCUAUAGUGAAGAAUCAUGACAAGAUUCUCCAGGAGAGGUAGGAUUCAAACUCUGCUCCUUUUUAACUACUUCAAGUAAGUAUAUCUUAGUAUAUGUGCUGCCGAAGCGAGCACCAAGUAAGUAUAUCUUAUAAAAGAAACUAAUUCCUACAUAUAUUAAAAUAACAUUUACAAUAGACUCAAAUUUAUUCAGUACCAUUCUUUCCUAUCAUUAAAAAAAGAGGACAACUGUAUUAAGUUAAACAAAAAACUAUAUUUGGAACCCUAUCAAGGACCCAAAUCCUAACUGUGAAACACAAUUAUACCAGUAUUAUCAGUUCAGUAUUUAAAACUUCAAACUAUGGAAAGGCCAGAGGACGUUCCAUAUACAUAAUAAAUGCAAUUACUCCACUUCACAUGCUCUUUUUAUGAGUACAACACUUAAAAUCUGCCUGAUCAAAUGUAUAACCAUUAUCUGCCUGAACAUCAAAUGUGUAACCACAUCGAAUGUAUUCCCAGUUCGCUACAUUACAAAAUUGAAGAUUUUAAAAUCAUGUUUAGAAAGACAUCAAAUCUGUUUAUGUGUACAUGUUUUAAUUAUACAUAUGAAUAUGUGUAUCUGCAUGUAUGUGUGUGCACACACACGAUACGGAGAUUUUCUGCUCUAUCCACUGAAAAGGCCACGAAGCAAAGACAUCUCUGUAACGAGCCCACUUUACAUGCAGAUCUUGGUUUCUGACCGCAUUCUCCCGAAAAGGCUCCUCAGGAAAACCGCUAACUCCAGGGCUCGGCAGACGGGGCACAAGAUGCACCUGCCCUAUACUGUUAGACUGGAAAGUUAGCAAGAGCAUAAAGAAUGAUGGGAGCAUGACACAAGGACUAGGAGCCAGCUUGCAGGGGCUCCCACCAGCCGAAUCUGGGACAAUUUAAGCAACAGAGUUAAGUAAUUAAAACCUACUGAAAAAAUGAAUUCCCCAAUUUAUACUGACAGCACAUAGACAAGCCCAGGGGAUGGGAAGGAGCUCUUUGUUAGCGCAGUGGGCUGGGGCCCCAGAACCAGCAAACCAUCGCUCUGCAGGCAUCAAGGGAGCACUGAGAUCCUGUGAGAAUCAUCCACUUCCAAGCGGGCACAGAGUAGCUGUACUGUCUUACAGCGUCUCCGUAAAGACUGCGUAUUAUUUGCAGAGAAAAAGACCAUACACAAGAGAAAUCUUGACAUCAGUGAGGGACAGAUGGACAUCAUGUUCUUCCAGAUGUGACCCUCUCAGAGGGACAAACACCACCAAGGCCGUAUUCUGGUCAAGAAGGCACAGACUUAAUCUAAUCACAAGAAAACAGCAAACCGACACAAGAUGAGGAUCAAUCCCUUAAAGGCUGUAUUCUUU